GUCGAAUCUCGCGAGAAUAGCCCAGAUUCGCUUAGGCCGCGGUUGUUUUUGUUGUUAUUGUCGUCAAAAUGGCGACUGGCGGAGAGGCCCCGGAGUCCUGGUAUCUUGCGCUGCUUGGUUUUGCUGAACAUUUUCGCACUUCAAGUCCUCCUAAAAUUCGCCUCUGCGUGCACUGUCUCCAGGCUGUAUUUCAGUUCAAGCCUCCACAAAGAGUAGAGGCCCGAACGCACCUUCAGCUCGGCUCGGUGCUCUAUCACCACACCAAGAACAGCGACCUCGCCCGGAAUCAUCUCGAGAAAGCGUGGUGCAUCUCGCAACAAGUCCCCCAGUUUGAAGAUGUUAAAUUUGAAGCUGCCAGUCUCCUCUCAGAGCUUUAUUGCCAACAAAAUUUGGUGGAUUCUGCUAAGCCUUUACUGCGCAAAGCCAUCCAGAUUUCCCAGCAGACUCCGUACUGGCACUGCCGAUUGUUAUUCCAGCUAGCACAACUGCACACACUAGAGAAGGACUUGGUGUCUGCGUGUGACUUAUUGGGUGUAGGUGCUGAAUAUGCCAGGGUCGUCGGAUCAGAAUACACCAGAGCUCUGUUUCUUCUGAGUAAAGGGAUGUUGCUGCUGAUGGAACGAAAGCUACAGGAGGUGCAUCCUUUGCUCACCUUGUGCGGGCAGAUCGUGGAGAACUGGCAGGGAAACCCCAUACAGAAGGAAUCUCUCCGGGUCUUUUUCCUGGUGCUGCAGGUCACGCAUUACCUGGAUGCCGGACAGGUGAAAAGCGUGAAGCCGUGUUUAAAGCAACUGCAGCAGUGCAUCCAGACCAUCUCAACACUCCACGAUGACGAGAUCUUGCCCAGUAACCCCGCGGACCUCUUCCACUGGCUGCCUAAAGAGCAUAUGUGUGUGCUCGUGUAUUUGGUCACUGUGAUGCACUCGAUGCAGGCCGGAUACUUGGAGAAGGCGCAGAAGUACACAGACAAAGCUCUAAUGCAACUAGAGAAACUAAAGAUGUUGGACUGUAGUCCCAUCCUCUCGUCAUUCCAAGUCAUCCUGCUGGAGCACAUCAUCAUGUGUCGCCUGGUUACGGGACACAAAGCGACGGCGCUACAGGAGAUCUCUCAGGUGUGCCAGCUGUGCCAGCAGUCUCCUCGUCUGUUCUCCAACCACGCUGCUCAGCUCCAUACUUUAUUAGGGCUCUACUGUAUUUCCGUGAACUGUAUGGACAACGCAGAGGCUCAGUUCACUACAGCCUUGCGGCUUACUACACACCAGGAGCUGUGGACUUUCAUCGUGACCAACCUGGCCAGCGUGUACAUUCGAGAGGGCAACCGACACCAAGAGCUUUAUAGCCUACUAGAGAGGAUAAACCCUGACCACAACUUCCCUGUCAGUUCUCACUGUCUGCGAGCUGCGGCUUUUUAUAUCCGCGGACUUCUCUCCUUCUUCCAGGGACGCUACAACGAGGCCAAGCGUUUCCUGCGCGAGACUCUAAAGAUGUCCAACGCCGAGGAUCUGAAUCGGCUGACCGCGUGCUCGCUCGUCCUUCUCGGACACAUAUUCUACGUUCUGGGAAACCACAGGGAAAGCAACAACAUGGUGGUUCCAGCCAUGCAGUUGGCCAGCAAGAUUCCUGACAUGUCUGUUCAGCUGUGGUCUUCUGCGCUGCUUAAAGAUCUGAACAAGGCUUGUGGGAACACGAUAGAUGCUCACGAAGCAGCACAAAUGCACCAGAACUUCUCCCAGCAGCUCCUACAGGACCACAUAGCUGCCUGCAGCCUGCCCGAACACAACCUCAUCAGUUGGACAGAUGGAACUCCACCAGUGCAGAUCCAAGCUCAGAAUGGACCCACAACCAGCCUGGCCAGCCUGCUUUGAAUAUACAACACUGAUAAACACACACACACACACCUUCUCACUCACUGUGAGCACACAAAUUAUACACACAGGUCAGCCUCUGAGCCCUCACACUUUGUCCUGCAGAUUUUAUCUUGUAUUCUUCAGAUUUUUAACUUAUUCUUAUUGAACUUGUAUGAUGUCGGGGCAAUGAGACGUCACUGAGAUCUUGGGAACGGUUGGGAUACGAGUCACAAUGGGUGCGAUAAUUAAUUAUUUCAGUCCUCAUGAAUGUCCACACAUGGCAAAAAAAAACCCCCAGAGAAACGCUCGACUUGGCACGAGUUUGGAGGUUUACAAUCUUAUAAUUUCGAAAUUAUAUUCACUACGUUUGACUAACAUCGAACAGAAGAUGGAAGGUAUCAGUCAAGCCAUUUCUGUUCAGUUUAAAUCAAGUUCCUUGGUGUGUAUGCUUGAUUGGAAGACACAGACUUCACUGUUUUUCACAAUUAUUAACCUUUGAACUAAAUUAACUCCCAAUACAUCAUCCGUGACCUUAACCAGUGAAUGAAACAAACUGGAGUGUGUGUCGGAUUUGCAUUGAAACUGUGUGUUCAGCACGAUUCAUUUGUUCGCGCACUACCUGGUUUGAUGAUUUGUUUUGUUUUCGAUCUUAUCCAUGAAGACGUGUUGCGACUGCAGGUUUUCAUACCAACCGAUUAGGAGCCACAUCUCAUCCCACCUGACUUUAAACAACUUUAAUUUGUGGCUGCUGAUGAAACGGGUCUGGAACAGAAACCCGCAGCCGUGACAAAACCGACUCGCGCGUACGAUCGAAGACUUCUGGCGCAGAUCCGAUCAAACCGAUUCAGCCCGAGUAGCACGCUCUUCUCAUUUUUCAGGGGUUGAUAUGAGAGUAGACCUAAUUCAGAAAGACUUGUCAUAACAAAAGGCUCAUUUUAACAUCGAACCCGAGCUUGUACAGGCAGCUAAGAGCUUCGAAGGACAUGAUGUAAGGAAUAAUCAACUAACAACGAAAUCCGUCACCUGGUACCCGGAGUCAGUGUCUUUCAAUGCUAAGCCACGUCUCAAAGUGCCGUUUCCACAUCAUCGAGAGAUUCUUGUCCUAUUUCAUUGUUUAUUUUUUUAACUACACCUAAAACAUGUAACUAAAUGCAUAGUAAUCGUAUCGUUUCUUUUUGCAAUUUAUGUCUUGUGUGGGGUAUUUCAGAAAGUAUGUAUAGAUUUUCUCUAUUUUGAGCACUGCAGAUAUUUUAGCAGUAUCAUAUUUUUAUUACCAGUGGCAGUUCGUUAGUAAGGAACAUUUUGGCGAAGCUGUUUAGGGGAAUACUGUGCUAGGUCCAGAAACAAAGAUGAAUUUUUAUUUCUUUUUUUUUUUGUCUGCAAAGUAUUGGCCAAAAAAAAAAAAAGCACCAGCAUACAGUCAUAGAUCGUUGAUCUUUACGUUCGGUUUACGUUUCACUGAUAUUUAUUGUUGGACACUUUUAGCUCGCAUCUUGGUAUGUUCCCUUCGUUUGUAUUGGGGUUUUAUUUGAGAUGUGUAUAAAAGUAUAAGCAAGAGAGGGCGCUAGAGAUGCGACUACCUGUUCUCCGUUCACAUCGAUCCUCAGCCCAUAGUCAUAAAUGAACCCUCUCUUAAGUUAAAGAUGGUUGUUUAUCUGGAUCCUUCUCCCUGUAGCAAACUGAUUCCAGAUCAGCAUUCCUUCCAUCUUUACACAACUCAAGGCUGGUGAAACUGAAGACCUUUUUUUUUUUUUGUAAUAUUCUAGUAAAUAUUAAAUGAGACCCCGGAUUUUCCUUUGCGAGACACGAUGUCUUUUAUACUGACAUGUCACAGUGCUUUUCUUUUUCCC